AUGGGUGGUACGGGUUUGGUUUUGGUCAUACAAAAGACCAUCUUUUACUCCGAUGUCAACCCUACUGCCAGUCGUUUCUCCAUACCCUUCUCCCAAGUCAAGACUCAUGACUUCCUCAACAAGGCAGAGGCUAAAGAGUUGGCUCACAAAAACCCCAUGCAGGUGUGCCUCUUAGACCCAUCGUUGCAGCAAACAAGCAUUACCUUUAACAAGUGGGUUAUGGGGAACACCUCGCUCUAUGUCCUCACCAACACCUGGAACUGUGUUGUCAAGAACAACCAACUGGAGAAAGGGGUCAUGGUUCAGCUCUGGUCUUUCCGGAUGAAUUCCCUGCUUUACAUUGAAUUGUCUCUAUAA